CAAGUAUAGCUACCCUGUGCCAAAGUUUUUCCUCGCUUCUUCUCCAAGUCCCACACAUACGUUUUUCUUCCAUCUACUACUUGUAGAAGAAUCUCAAUUCACAAAGCCAUGGGUUUCCGCUUGCCAAGAAUUGUUAAUCCUAAGCAGAGUCUAAAACGGACUCUUUCGUUUUCAGAAACCACAGUAGUGCCCAAAGGCCACUUUGCUGUUUAUGUUGGAGAAGUUGAAAAGAAGAGAUUUGUCGUCCCAAUUUCAUUUCUGAAGCAUCAUUCCUUCAAAAAUUUGUUGAGUGAAGCCGAAGAAGAGUAUGGAUUUAAUCAUCCCAUGGGAGCUCUGACGAUCCCCUGCAGCGAAGAAGCUUUCCUUGAUCUCAUUGGCAGUCUGCAAAGCUCAUGAGAGUUGAUUUUAAAAUGGCUAACCCGAGCAGAGAUUAACUCUCUGUAGCUUAGCUGACAAAAUAUAGCUAUUUUAUAUAGGAAGCAAGUGAAAAUGGUGGAUUGUUUUAAGCAGUCCCAUGCCCUUGUGAACUUCAAUUUUUUUUCGUAAUGAAUGUAUAAAUGAGAAAAAAAGUUUUACGAGACAUAUUCUUGUCAUCGA